AUGGCGUCGGUGUUCCGGAGCGAGCAGAUGUGCCUGUCACAGCUCUUCCUGCAGGUGGAGGCUGCCUACGGCUGCGUCGCUGAGCUCGGAGAGCUGGGCUUGGUCCAGUUCAAAGACUUAAACGCGAACGUGAGCAGCUUCCAAAGGAAGUUUGUGAAUGAAGUGAGAAGGUGCGAGUCGCUGGAGAGAAUCCUCCGGUUCCUGGAAGACGAGAUGCAGAAUGAGAUUGCGAUUCAGCUGCCUGAGAAGUACCCGCAGACCCCUCUCCCGAGGGAGAUGAUUACCUUGGAGACUGUUCUGGAGAAAAUGGAAGCAGAGCUGCAGGAAGCCAACCAGAACCAGCAGGCUCUGAAAAGAAGCCUCCUGGAGCUGACGGAACUCAAAUACCUCCUGAAGAAAACCCAGGACUUCUUCGAGACGGAAACCAACCUGGCUGAAGAUUUCUUUACGGAGGACACGUCCGGGCUGCUGGAGUUGAGAGCCGUGCCUGCCCACGUGGCUGGGAAGCUGGGGUUCACGGCCGGCGUGAUAACCAGGGAGAGGAUGGCUUCCUUUGAGCGGCUGCUGUGGCGCGUGUGCCGAGGGAACGUGUACCUGAGGUUCAGCGAGAUGGACGCGCCUCUGGAGGACCCCGUCACGAAGGAAGAAGUCAAGAAGAACAUAUUCAUCAUAUUUUACCAAGGAGAGCAGCUAAGGCAGAAAGUCAAGAAGAUCUGCGAUGGGUUUCGGGCCACCAUUUACCCAUGCCCAGAGCCUGCGGCCGAGCGCAUGGACAUGCUGGCGGGUGUCAACGUGAGGCUGGAAGACCUGAUCACUGUCAUAACACAGACAGAGUCUCACCGCCAGCGCCUGCUGCAGGAGGCCGCCGCCAGCUGGCACACCUGGGCCACCAAGGUGCAGAAGAUGAAGGCCGUCUACCACAUCCUGAACAUGUGCAACAUCGACGUCACCCAGCAGUGUGUCAUCGCCGAGAUCUGGUUCCCGGUGGCAGACACUGCGCGCAUCAAGAGGGCCUUGGAGCAGGGCGUGGCACUCAGUGGCUCCUCCAUGGCCCCCAUCCUGACCACGGUGCAGUCGAAGACGGCCCCGCCCACAUUUAACAGGACCAAUAAAUUCACAGCCGGCUUCCAGACUAUUGUGGACGCCUACGGCGUGGGCAGCUACCGGGAGAUAAACCCAGCUCCCUACACCAUCAUCACGUUCCCCUUCCUGUUCGCGGUGAUGUUUGGAGACUGUGGCCACGGAAUCGUGAUGUUCCUGGCGGCCCUCUGGAUGGUGCUGAACGAGAGGCACUUGCUCGCCCAGAAGAGCAGCAGCGAGAUUUGGAACACCUUCUUCCACGGGCGCUAUCUCAUCCUCCUGAUGGGCAUCUUCUCCAUCUACACGGGCCUGAUCUACAACGACUGCUUCUCCAAGUCUCUCAACAUCUUCGGCUCUUCUUGGAGUGUCCGAUCCAUGUUUAGAAACGGCACAUGGAAUACCCACAUAAUGGAGACAACACCACUUUUACAGCUGGACCCAGCCGUGCCGGGAGUAUACUCUGGGAACCCAUACCCAUUUGGGAUUGAUCCGAUUUGGAACAUGGCUUCAAACAAACUCACGUUCUUGAACUCCUACAAAAUGAAGAUGUCCGUCAUCCUGGGAAUUGUCCAGAUGGUCUUCGGUGUCGUUCUCAGCCUCUUCAAUCACAUAUACUUCAGGAACACGGCCAACAUCGCUCUGCAGUUCAUCCCUGAGAUGAUUUUUCUCCUGUGCCUGUUCGGAUACCUGGUUUUCAUGGUCGUUUUUAAGUGGUGCCAGUUUGAUGUGCACAUGUCCCAGCACGCGCCCAGCAUCCUCAUCCACUUCAUCAACAUGUUCCUGUUCGAGUACAGCCACUCUUCCAACGUGCCUCUCUACAGACACCAGCGAGAAGUCCAGAGUUUCUUUGUGGUUAUGGCUUUGAUUUCGGUGCCGUGGAUGCUUCUGAUUAAGCCGUUUGUUCUCAGAGCCAAGCACCGCAAGUCCCAGCUGCACUCGGCCGCCCUCCACGGAGACGCCACAGAGGAUGCCGAAGGUGGCGGCUCCGGGCACAGGACUUCUGCAGCUGCCCACGGCGCUCCGGACGACCACGAGGAGGAGUUCAACUUUGGAGACAUCUUUGUCCAUCAGGCCAUCCACACGAUUGAGUACUGUCUGGGGUGCAUUUCAAACACAGCCUCCUACCUCCGGCUCUGGGCCCUCAGCUUGGCUCAUGCACAACUGUCGGAAGUGCUCUGGACCAUGGUCAUGCACGCCGGCCUCAGCCUGCGGGGCUGGGGGGGCCUCGUCGGGGUCUGCAUCAUUGUCGCCGUCUUCGCCGUGCUGACGGUCGCCAUCUUGCUCAUCAUGGAGGGCCUGUCUGCUUUCCUGCACGCCCUGAGGCUGCACUGGGUGGAGUUCCAGAACAAGUUCUAUGCUGGGGCUGGUUACAAGUUUUCUCCCUUCUCCUUUAAACACAUCCUGGAUGGCACGGUGGAGGAUUAG